GCCUUGGCUCGUGUCAUGUGUAAGCAGGCUGGCUCCCACCAUGCCACAGCUUGCUGGGGAUCUUUUUCCAGGCCACAACAUCUACUUGGUUUCUGUGAUUCCAAUUCCUGUGUGGAUCUGACUCACUACCUAGAAGGUUGCGCUAAGUGAACUUUGCUGUGUAAAUGCUGUUGCUGGAGGGUGAAUGGAAACACCUCAAGGAGAAAAGUAGCUAUCUUCAAGCAACUAAAACUGAAGUACAAUAUGAGAACCAUGUGAUUCAAGCAUCUGAGCCAUGUUACACAUAUUGAGAAGUCCUCGGCAGAGCCGACAGAGUCUGCUUUUAAAGGAAUCUGCAAAUUGAAGGAUACAAACAGCAUUCAAGUGUAGCCUCAAAAGCAAGAACAGGCCAGGAGUGGUGGUUCAUGCCUGUAAUCCCAGCACUGUGGGAGGCCAAGAUAAGAGGAUCGCUUGAGGCCAGGAUUUCAAGACCAGCCUAGGCAACAUAGCUGGACGCUGCUGGAACCUGCAGGGGCAGCCUCAGCAAGGUCUGCUGCCCGAGGGAGAUCAGGGCACCCCUGCCUGGCACAGACGGCAGCACUGGCUUCCUGCUCGGUGCUGCCUGUCCUCGGGGAGCUGUGGCUAGGCCCUGGGGCUGGGCUGAGAAUGGAUUAUUUGCCCAUGAUUUUCUUUCUGCUGUUGGCGGCUUUCCAAGGAGCUCCAGAAACAGCGGUCUUGGGCGCUGAGCUCAGCACAGUGGGUGAGAACAGCGGGGGAAAACCCACUCCCAGUCCACCCUUGAGGCUCCGCCGGUCCAAGCGCUGCUCCUGCUCGUCCCUGAUGGAUAAAGAGUGUGUCUACUUUUGCCACCUGGACAUCAUCUGGGUCAACACUCCCGAGCACGUUGCUCCAUAUGGACUUGGAAGCCCUAGGGCCAAGCGAGCCUUGGAGAAUUUACUUCUCCCACUGGCAGCAGCAGCCCCCAAGAAUAGAUGCCAAUGUGCAAGCCAAAAAGACAAUAAGUGCUGGAAUUUUUGCCAGGCAGGAAGAGAACUCGGGGCCCUAGACAGUAUGGAGAUUGCCCGGGAUACCCAUAAGAAAGGAAAACACUGUAUCAAGCUUGGGAAAAGGUUUGCUCGUCAGCAGUUAGUGAGAGGAAGAAGAAUCAGAAGAAAUUCAGAUGAACGCCUAAGACAAAACAGGUCAGAGACCAUCAGCAACAAGGUCAAACAAUCUUCUCGUGAUUCCAAGCUGAAAACCAAGCCCUCCAGGGAGUACAGUGUAACCCACAACCGAGCACAUUGGUGACAGACCUUCCAGGCCUGUCUGAAGCCAUAGUCUCCACGAAGAGUCCCGUGGCCGAUUCUGCACUCUCCACCCUUGCCGGGAUCAGAGCAGGAGCAUCCUCUCUGCUUGUUCCUGACUGGCAAAGGACCAGCGUCCUCGUCCAAAACAUUCCAAGAAAGGUUAAGGAUCCCCCAAACUGUCUUCAUUGGCUUCCAUCGGUGGUAACUGCUUUGGUCUCUCCUUUCAUGUGGGGAUAACAAUGGACCUCUCAGAAAGCAGAAACACACAGUGACAUUCGAAUUCAGGUGGCAUCCUCAGAGAGAGGAAGGAGAUUCCACAGAAGGGUGGAGUUUCUGACGAAGGUCCUAAGGGAGUGUUUGUGUCUGACUCAGGCGCCUGGCACAUUUCAGGGAGAAACUCCAAAGUCCACGCAAAGAUUUCUAAGGAAUGCACAAAUUGAAAACAUACUCAAAAGGCAAACAUGCAAGUUAAAAAAAAAAAAAAAAGACUUUUGUUUAAAUUGGUAAAAUGCAAAACUAAAUGAAACUGUUACUACCAUAAAUCAGGUUAUGUUUCACAAUUAUGAGUCUACCUCAACUAUAUUGCACUCUGGCAGAAGUAUUUCCCACAUUUAAUUAUUACCUCCCCAAACUCUUCUCCUGCUGCCCCCUUCCCCAUCCCCCAUACUAAAUUCUAGCCUCAGAGAAGUCUGGUCUAAUGUGUCAGCAGUAGAUAUAAUAUUUUCCUAGUAAUCUACUAGCUCUGAUCCAUAAGAUAAAAAAAGAUCAUUAAAUCAGGAGAUUCCCUGUCCUUGAUUUUCGGAGACACAAUGGUAUAGGUUGUCUAUGAAAUAUAUUGAAAAGUAAAUGUUGGUUAUGCUUUAAAGCAGUAAAAUUAUUUUCCUUUAUAUAACCAGCUAAUGAAAGAGGUUGGAUUGAAUUUUGAUGUACUUAUUUUUUUAUAGAUAUUUAUAUUCAAACAAUUUAUUCCUUAUAUUUACCAUGUUAAAUAUCUGUUUGGGCAGGCCAUAUUGGUCUAUGUAUUUUAAAAAUAUGUAUUUCUAAAUGAAAUUGAGAACAUGCUUUGUUUUGCCUGUCAAGGUAAUGACUUUAGAAAAUAAAUAUUUUUUUCCUUACUGUA